AUGGGCUUCUGCUUCAGUAAAUCCAAUACUCCAGUAUUUGUCUUACAGAAUGAUCCAAAAAUGGGGAAUGUUGAAGAGGAUUAUUUGCGACAAAACACUGAAGAAAUCCCUGUAGAAGUCAGGACUCACUUAUUCCAAAAUACAGAAAAUAUUAAGUUUGAAAAAACAGAAAAUGACAUUAGAAAUAAUGCAGAAACUCACACGGAGUCUUAUUCUGAUAAUGCAUUGCACUCUGUGACUUAUGUUAAAGAAACUGAUGGUUUAGAAAUGACAGAUGUGGAAUGAGGUUUGAUGAGAUAAUUCAGGACUUGAUCCAACCUGAACAAAUGAAUAUACCAUAAAAAUAUUCUAUUUAGUCUACCAAAUAACAACAAAAUAAUGUUUAAUAGCUGAGUCAAAUAACCAUAAUCAAAUAUACUUUCAAUUUCAAGAUCUAUUAUUUGGCAAUCUUUGGAGUAACUUUUACCAUUGUUGAAAGUUCCCUUUUCCUAUCCACCAGAAAUCAAACAUCUUACAGCAUAUUCUUAUUUUUGGGAAUAUGAUGGGAUGCACAAACCCCACAUUGGGCCUGAAGGUGUUAAACGAA